ACGGAAAUAUUGGAGGGGGGGCAAAAAAAGGAGCUUCCCCGCCUCGGUGAAGGAAUUCUGCUAGGUGCCUGUCGUCAGAAGUUGAGCACUGAAGCAGUUCCAGUUGCAUCUGGAGCUCAAUUUUUCUCUCAUUCAUGGACAUGUCCAAUUCGUCCUCUGUGCGUGUACUUGUCCGGCCACCACCGAUAUCAACAUCCACUUCCUCUUCAGCAUCUCAAACGCCUCUCCCUUCUCGUACUGCCUCACCCGAUCCCUCUACUUCAUUAGCUCCUUCGUCGCCAUCUCCGUCGCUUUCUGUUGCUCGUUUUUCCGACGGUAUCGUUGUUGUCGGUUUCAUUGGCAGGAGACCUGAUGAUUCGAUCCAGCUCAUUAAUCGAGUUAUCGAUUCCAAUGUGUUUGGGUCUGGUAAAUUGGAUAAAAAAUUGGAUGUUGAGAAAGAGGAAGUUAGAGAUUGGUUCAAGCGGCGAAGAAUUAGUUAUCAUCAUGAGGAGGAGAGAGGCAUUCUCUUUUUGCAGUUUUCUUCCCACAGGGGCUCUGUGUUCGAUGCCGAAAUCGAUUAUGAUUCGGCGAUUGAAGAACAUGAUUUUGGGGAUCUUCAGGGAAUGCUUUUUAUGUUCUCUGUCUGCCAUGUAAUCAUAUAUAUUCAAGAGGGGUUGCGGUUUGAUACUAAUAUUUUGAAAAAAUUUAGAGCGCUGCAAUCUGCUAAGCACGUAUUAACUCCAUUUAUAAAAUCUCGAGCUACACCACCAUUGCCAUCUAGGCUGCAUUCUUCAUCUGCUUCACGAUCUGUUGGUUCAGCAGCCGUGUCUAACAACUCUUCUCCCAUUAGAAGUGGUUCUAUAUUAACACGCAAUGCUUCCGGCAUCUCUGUCAUGUCAGGUUUAGGUUCAUAUACCUCAUUGUUUCCUGGACAGUGUACUCCAGUCAUACUUUUUAUUUUUAUUGAUGACUUCUCAGAUGGCCCGUUGGCUAGUUCUAAUGUGGAGGCAAUAGAUACAAUAUCAAUUAAUCAGUCUCCAAGUUCAGACAGUAUGUCCAGGCCAAAUUUACCAGUUAAAGGUUCUGGAUCUGUAGUUGUGCUUGCCCGUCCUGUGAGCAAAUCAGAAGGUGGUUUCAGGAAGAAAUUGCAGUCAUCUCUUGAAACACAAAUUCGCUUUCUAAUCAAGAAAUGUCGAACGCUUUCUGGUUCUGAGACCAGUCAUGCAGGGUCUAGAGGUGGAAGUGCCUCAAGUUCUGCACCUUUGUUUUCACUUGAUUCAUCAAAAGCCGUUGUUCUGGUGGACAAGUCUGCAAAUAGGACAGCUGAGUCUCUGGACUUUGCCACAAGCCUCGUGGAAGAUGUUUUGAAUGGAAAAGCUACUUCAGAUUCUCUUCUGCUUGAAAGUCAUGGUCAAAGUGCUAGCAGAGAGGAUAUAGUAUCUCUAAGGGAAUUUAUCUAUCGGCAGUCAGACAUUCUAAGGGGUAGAGGGGGGCUGGUGCAUAGUACAAGCAGUGGUUCAGCUGGUGGGGUUGGCAUGGUCGCUGUUGCUGCUGCUGCAGCUGCCGCAUCAGCUGCAUCUGGAAAAGCCUUUACCACUCCUGAGCUUCCUAGUAUGGAGAUUUGGUUAUCUUCAAGUCAACAGAUUCUCCAGGGAAUUCUUUGUGCAAAAGGUGGUUGCAUAGAUGAAGUGGAAAUCAGUAAACGAAAACCACGUCACCGGCACAUUCCUUCUGCGUUGAUUGAGGGAAAUGCUUUGAAGGGUCUGGAUCCUUUAGAUAUUGCUGUAUCUUGGUUGGAAAGUGGUAAAGGUUUAAAUAUGAAGUUUUCAACUUCAUGGAGUGAAAGAGCAUUACCAGCUGCAAAGGAGGUUUAUCUAAGAGAUUUACCUGCUUGUUACCCCACUUCACAGCAUGAAGCCCACUUAGAGAAGGCUUUGCUUGCUUUCCAUUCAAUGGUUAAGGGACCUGCAGUGCAACAUUUUGCCAAAAGGUUGGAGGAAGAAUGCAAAUCCAUUUGGAAUUCUGGGAGGCAGCUGUGUGAUGCCGUUAGUCUGACAGGAAAACCAUGUAUGCAUCAAAGACAUAGCACAGAGAAUGGAGAUUCACCUUCAGAAGCCAUGCAAAAAACUCAUUCAAGUGGAUAUGUCUUCCUACAUGCUUGUGCUUGUGGCCGUUCACGACGACUACGAUCUGAUCCUUUUGAUUUUGAAGCAGCAAAUGUCACUUUCAACCGUUUUGCUGACUGUGACAAUUUUCUUCCAGUUUUCCAGUUACCAGGAGUAAGCGUAACAGGACCCAUUCAGCCAUCAUCAUGGUCUCUGAUUCGAGUUGGUGGUGCAAAGUACUACGAACCUUCAAAAGGUUUACUCCAGAGUGGUUUCUAUCCCACUCAAAAGUUCCUAUUCAAAUGGAAAAUUAAUACCAGAAUAAGGAAGACUCCAAAUGAUUUAACGGAGAAUAUAAUGCUGCAUGGCUCUUUAGUUAAGUCAUUCAUGGACUCUAAGGUUGAACCUAAUGUAAAUGUAAACUUGAAGAGGGCAGAUGUAGCACAACUGAAGUCGGGGGAUUCACAGCCUGGGAUUGAUAAUGAGAGAAAUUCCUCAGAAAACAUAGCUGAAGACAAAAAAAGCAUAAGUGGCAGAGGUCUUCCCAACUUUACCCUGCGAAAACCUUUUUCUGAGGUUGUAGCCGGAUCUUCAGGUCCAGAUGUUGGAUUUUCACCUCUCCAGCAGAGGAUACACUCUUCACCAGGUAUGGAUAAGGGCAUCAAACAAAAUAAGGAUGUUAAUAAUUAUGAACGAGGCUGUGUUACUGUUGAUAACCGUGGCUUCAAGAACUCUGAAAAUAUUAUUAGUCUUUCAAAAAAAUCAGUUGAGAUUAGCGGCAAUGAGCAUUCAGAUAGUGACUCCUUUCUGCGGAUAGGUACUAAUGUAGUUCCUAUGAAUGUAAAUAGUCUUGAAAAAACAAAAAACACUCUUCUGAAGCAAACACUUAUAUAUAUUGGCUUUGAGCACGAAUGCCCUCAUGGACACCGUUUCUUACUAAACCCUGAGCAUCUUAAGGAACUUGGAUCAUCAUAUGCAACAAUUAAAAAAUCUCAUACUCCUGUGCAAGGUGCUGCAUGCAAUCUAGCUGGUCCUCAGAGAUAUGGUAAAAGUGAUUGUCAUGGUAAAUCUCAUGAUAGUGUUAGUUCAGCAAAUGCAACGUUCUCAAGUAAGGAGAGAAAUUUAGAUAAGUUAAAGGAUGCGGUGAGUGGUGGCAGCAUGUAUUCAGAUGAUCAGUCAAACUGCACUAGAAGGAUGACAUCAAACAAUCUGACAUCUGUUAGUGCAACGGUUUCCAAUUCUGUAAAAGACCUUGAGAAAGGUGUUAAGUAUAUUGGCAUUGAGGACAAUGGAUCUGGUUUUUUCAUGUUGAAUCGAGACCUACCAAUUUUCAUGAACUGCCCACAUUGCAAGCUCUCUAAGAAUGAGAAAGAUCCCCCAAAUGUUAAGUUCUCUGGCACGAUAUCUCAACUUCAAAGGAUCUUUGUGGUGACGCCUCCCUUUCCGACAGUGCUGGCUACACAUCCAGUGAUACAAUUUGAGGAGUCUUGCCUGCCCCCCUCUGUUCCUGGACGACAGCAGAAACUGCAGUUCGCACUUGGAUGUCAAGUAGUCUUGCCCCCCGAGAGUUUUCUGACACUUAGGCUUCCAUUUGUUUAUGGAGUGCAACUGGAUGAUGGAAGUCUUCUCCAUCUUAACCCUCUUCAGCAUCAACCUGAAGCGACUGCUUGGAUAAUUGGGGGCACAACAUUGCAGAUCCUGUCAAAGUGUGGCAGUCUGGAUGAGGGAUUUCAAACAUAAUCAAAAUUUUAAACAAUGGAACUCGAUGCCUAUUCCCUGCACCUGUGAACGGUUUCAAUCAUUCAAUCAAAAAGAGAUGCACGCAGAUGUUACCAGCUUCAUCAAAGCGUUGCUUUUCAGACGUGGGACUUCUCUUGUGAUCCUUCACCAUCAGUUAUCUCAAGCGAUGACUACAGAUGUAAAAUGUGAAUUGUCUAUCUGCAUACUUCUCUUUAGUGGUUAUCGUUACGUUACACCGAAUACCUGGUGACAAUGGGCUGCCUC